AACAUUUGCCAUCUCUACGCUUAAAAGUAUUGUAUUAUUUUGUUUACAUUUAAAUGGGUGGCAAAAGUUAUUAUUGCGACUACUGCUGUUGCUUUCUGAAAAACGAUCUGAAUGUGAGGAAAUUGCACAAUGGUGGUAUUGCACACGCAAUUGCAAAGAGCAACUAUUUGAAGCGUUACGAGGAUCCCAAAAAGAUUUUGACUGAAGAGCGGCAGAAAACUCCUUGCAAGCGAUACUUUGGCAGUUACUGCAAGUUUGAAACAUAUUGCAAGUUUACCCACUAUAGUGGCGAUAAUCUACGGGAACUGGAGAAGUUGGUUCUCGCUAGAAAGAAGAGAAAAUCCCGAAAGAAAACCAACAAAUGCAAGAGAUGGCCCUGGAAAACUCAUCUGCGAAAGGGAUUACCCCCUUCCUUGCAACCCAUUAACCCGGAAAAACUCAAGCAAACCGACUUUGAACUCAGUUGGGGCUAAAUAUAUUUACAGAAUGCACACUUU